AUUCAAAACUUCAUACCUAUUAUAUAUAUUGGUGAGAGUAUUGAGCAAGAUUCUGAUUCAAUUUCUGGUUAAGUUUUUCUCUCUUCAACUCUCUUUUUAUUCGUAGUUUAAUGAUCAAUUUAUUAUGUUUUGUGUUGUACGUAUAUUAUUUUUAUUAUCAUAAUUUUCUUUUUCCUCAUGAUUUUUACAGGUAACUGUAUUUUUUCUAUGUAAAAUUCAAAUACAUUAUUGUUUUGAAAAUAAAAUAAAUAUUAUUAUCGAGAAUGAUGUAUGUAUAUUAAAAUUAAUAUAGAAAUAUUCGUACAAAACUAUGUUUCAUUAUCAAGGAUAAUAUAUUUUCUUAAAACCAUUCUACAAAAUCUAGGAAUAUAAUGUCGAUAGAUCCAAUUACUUUCAAAAUUGUCGCUCAUUGAAAUUAACAAUUUAUUAAGAUUAACUAAUAAAAAUUCAUUUUGCACAAAAAAAAAAGUAAUAAAAAUUCACUAAGACAACUAAAAAAAUCACUUUUUAUAAACAGAAGAAAAAACCUAUAUAACUACUUUGUGGAUGUUAACUCCUCUAAAACUGUCCUAAAUCUCUCUAACUUAUCUUGAUUAUUUUUCCUUUCAGCAAUAUCAUCGAUGGCGUUAUCCAAAGAUUUGAUGUUGAAAUGCUCGGAAGACAUGAUGAGUGCUUACAAAUCUGCUUGUGAAGAACACCCAAAACUAAAAUCCUUUGAUGCUUCCCUUCAGCAGCGAACCAACAAAAUGAUAGACUCACUCACCGUUGAAGACAAGAAUGGUUCGUCCUCCCCACACGACGCACACAUGGAGCUCUCCAAGCACCUAGUUGAAGUUACCCAAGGUGUGGCAGACUUCAUUACCGAAAUCGAAGACGAUGUGUGGGACAACCAAGCUCUAAAGUAUUUGGUCCUGGCCUAUUUUGAAAAUACUAAAAAGACUUUAGAGAUUUUCAAAACUAUAGAGAACUGCGUCGAGAACGCAGAAAUGGGCCAACUUCUCAUUCGAGAGGCCUUGGCCGAGUUUGAGAAAGAGUCGGCAGAAAAAGAUGUUGGUGGGAAAAAGAAGAAGUAUGAAAAAACAUUGGAGGACCUCAAGAGUUUUAAAGAGAUGGGAGAUCCCUUUGACGGCAAAGUUCUCACAACUCAGUUCGAGCGGAUCAAAAAGCAGCAAGAAUCCCUUCUGGAGGAAGUGAGUGAGACUAGAAAAAAGAUUCAGGACGAAAUUAGUAAUCUAGAGAAAAAAACUUUAAUUACGAACGUGGUUUUCGGCGCUGCGUUUGCUAUUGUUGCGGUUGCAUCCAUAGCUCUAAUUGCAACAGGCGUGGGUGCGGCUGCCGGCUUUGGGGCUCUAGCCGCACCACUGCUUGCGGCAGGAUGGGCUGGAGUCUACACUACCUUGGAUAAAAAGAAGGAUGCUCUGAACAAACAGUUAGAAGGUCUAAAGAAAGUGGAAGAGAUAGAAGAAUCGGUGGAGAAAGGUAUAAAAACCAACGAAGAAGCGACGGAGACCGUAUCGAUUUUAGUCGACGGGCUAGAAGACCGUAUCAAAAAUAUGUUGAAACUUGUAGAUAAUGCUAUUGACCAUGAAGAUAAUGAGGCGGCCACGAGAAUUGUCCUAACUCAGAUCAGUAAGAAAGUAGAGAAAUUAACAAAGAAAAUCACGGAGGUUGGUGAAAGUGUGGAAGAUCAUAGCAAGUUGAUUGCAAAGGCCAGACUUCAAGUUCUGCAAAAGAUCAACCGUUAAUCUUUUGUUUAACGAUGUUUGUUGUUCAAAAUCCAUAUUUUAGUAUGUUUUAAUCAUCCCAUUGUACCUUUUUAAAAUAUUAUAUGUUUUGUAAUUUCACCAUCCGAGAGAUUGGUUGAUAUGUACCUCUAUCCCGUAUAUUCGUGAAAUAAAGUUUGAAAAAAACUUGUGCUUUAUUCAUCUUUUCACAAAUUAAAUGACCAAAUAAAAUCACCUUUUUU